CCGAGGUUAUCUCCUGGUUAAUGUGACAUGUCUGUCUGCGACCUUGCCGCUUGUUAACUGCCCGGAUUAUUAUUGUGAUAAUGUGGCAAUUAAAAAGGAAGCGCUCCAUCUGAACAGGAAAGAGAGGGGGGCUUAUGGUCCGAGAAGAAGAUGGAUGUGCACAGAUUACAAGGCAGUGGGAGAUGCAUUAAGGUGGCCAUCCAUUCCGACCCCCCCGGUGUCCUCCUCCAAAAACUGCGGCUUAUUGCCGCCCGUCCUCAUUGAUAUCCAUUCCCAAUCAAUACUCCUCUGCUGCCGCGAAAAAACUGGGCGUAAAUCAAAGAGGGAGAUCGGGGGGGGGGUUGUGUGAAAAUGGCGGUUCCUAAUGAGACGCCAUAAGUCUGCAGGAAGUGUUGGACUGUCUUCAUCAGGACGCCGCCGCUGAAUGAUAAUUUGUAUCUGCAGCUGAGAGACGAGACGUGAACCCUUCACACAGAAACCCAGAGAGAGAGAGGAGCGCUUCAUUUAUUCACCAGCCACAAAGAUAGAUGUGCAUUUUAUUACAACACCUGAGUCACACGUGCAUUUAUUAUCUUAUGAGCCGUGAUUUAAACUAAAUAACUCAUGUUCAGUUAAAUUGAGCGUCCUGUAAAACCAAACAGAGCCCGACUUCAUUUACCUGCAGCCUUCUCUCUGAUCCUGGAUCAGUGUCUCUGUGCCUCCACACUAAUCUGUCUUUUUUGUUUUUAUCUGCAGAUUCUUCCUCAAGUUCUUCCUCAAGUGCAAUCAGAACUGUUUGAAAAAUGCAGGAAACCCGCGAGACAUGAGGAGGUUCCAGGUGGUGAUCUCCACUACAGUCAACGUGGACGGCCAUGUGCUCUCGGUGUCAGACAACAUGUUUGUCCACAACAACUCCAAACAUGGCCGCCGCGCCCGACGCCUGGACCCCUCUGAAGCCACGCCCUGCAUCAAAGCCAUCAGCCCGAGCGAGGGCUGGACGACCGGCGGGGCCACCGUCAUCCUCAUCGGGGACAACUUCUUCGACGGCCUGCAGGUCGUCUUCGGCACCAUGCUGGUCUGGAGCGAGCUGAUCACGCCUCACGCCAUCCGGGUCCAGACUCCCCCUCGUCACAUCCCCGGGGUCGUGGAGGUCACGCUGUCCUACAAAUCCAAACAGUUCUGCAAAGGAGCGCCGGGACGCUUCGUCUACACCGGUAAGAACCCGACGGACGUGUGCCGGUGUCUGAUGCAUGUGAUGUCAGCGUCUUAUGAUGUCACAGGGGACGAUGACCCGAGGCUUAGUGGUUGUACGUUGGUGACAACAGCUCAUCAAUGUUUGAGCUGCUGUUGUCAGGAAUGUUCUGGACUUCUGGUUCUUUAGAGGCUCACCUCACUCAUCACAAACCAAACUCCUGGUUGACAACCUGUCGAUUGCUAACCAAACUGUUUUGUGUUUAAAAAAAAAGGUUUGAAGCAAUUUUUGUCACCCAAAAGUUCUACCAAGACAAAUAGAAAUGUCUUCCAAAAGGGAUUUAUUAUUACGUGAAUGUUUAAAGGUUUAUUGGUCUCCAUCCUCUGCUCUUAAACCCUGAUUUCCACCUUUAAAUUUCCCCUUAAGCUGCAUUUAAGUUACAAAAAAAACACCUUUCUGUAUCUGUCUCUGCCCCUCGGCAUCAGAUGGAAAUACUCUACGUGUCAACCUCAAACUCUGAGACCUCCACGAGAAUAUAAAGUAAAGUUCAUCAUGUUGGACCGAAGCUCCGUGGGCUUGAAGACGAGCUUAAAGUGAAGGUUUAAGGUUCUGAGACCAGGAUCAUCUUUUGUUAUUCUCAGUAAACAUCUUCCUCCCGGUGUGCCAAUCCUCCUCUUCUCUCCGACUCGUCCUUCAAGCCUCAUUGUCAGACCGUCCUGUAGUCCGGACUUCCUUUAUCUCUCUCUCUCUCUCUCUUUUGAAUCUUUUUUUUUUU